AUGGACUCUUCGGAUCUCACCUCUGGCCCGUCGGAGAUUGGUUCCCUAACAGCGCACUCGAAUGAAGAGAGCCAGUUCGUUGGCAGUUCCAGCGGCGUCUUUUUCAUCAAUACCGUUCGACGUGCAUUCUCCAAGGACUUGGAUUCGUCCAAAAUAAGUUUGCCUCUGCCGGAAGACACGCUUGUGGGCAGCGAAGAGUCGCAUGCUGACCAGUCCCCGUUUACUGCCCGCUCUCCGUCCGUGUCUGGGCCAUCCGCCUCUCUUUCUCAGUGGCAGUAUGAUUCAGAAAUCGCUCAUGAGCUCGGGAAGGCCCCGCCACUGGACAUGGCCAGGGAACUCAUGAUGGUCUACUUCAAAGUGUGGCAUCCCCUGUUCCCGUUUCUACAUGGCCCCAGCUUCCUGCGGGCGAUGGAGUUGCUUUACUCAGACUCGCACGGGACUGAAGGGCAUACCCAUGUGAAUAUCCCGUCUAUGUCUACGGACCACCGGAACGCGUGCUGGACAACAAUCUUUCAGUGCGUGUUCAACCUCGCAAGCCAUCUGCGACCUGAUCUGGCCCUUCCGCCGGAAUCCCGAAUCAAAUCCCCGGGAAGCAUGCAUUCCUUGCUCGCUAUUCUUACGCGGAGGCAGGACCUCCCGUCCUUGCAGGCUCUUCUCGCGGCGCAGCUGUACCUUGUAGCCAAGAUGUCUCUUCGGACGGCGUCCACGGUAGGCGGCUGUAUUCUCCGGUCUAUGCUACACGCGGGUCUCCAUCGAUGCCCGUUUCGCUACAAAGAGCUUUCGACUCACGACCGGCAGUUGCGCCAAAGGAUUUUCUGGUGCGCGUAUGCUAUCGACCGGUACCUGAGCCAGGCUCUGGGCUUGCCUCUCGGUAUACAGGAUUCGGACGUUGACGUCUGCGCUCCAGGAACCCACGAGAUUCAUUCGCCAGGUUUGCACAAGGUUCGGGACACAAGUGAGGGCUCGAUGCCGCGUUUUGUUACAGACAGUCCCGAAAAUGGCGCACAGGCGUCAAACACAGCUGCACAGAUUGAGCUCACCAACCCCCAGCAUCCCCCUCAACACCGACACAGCGGCACAAUAGACCCCAGUGAACACGAAAAACAUCAAAGAGAAAUAGCGUUCAUGAGCUACGUCGAAUCCGGCAAAUUGACCGGCCGCGCUCUGGAGCUCUUCCACAAGUCCAUCCUCGUCCGCUCCGUCCGCCGCAGCUCCGUCCUCAUCCUCGUCACAGACGUGCACAAAUGGUGGAACAGCCUCCCCCAGCCUCCUCUACCACCACCUCAUCCUCCUCAUCAACCGUCCCUCUCUCUCCCUCCCCCCUCAACCCCCGAGUUCAACUCCGGCCUGCAAACCUGCAUCGGCGCCGCAAGAGGCAUCCUCUCCGCGCUCCGCGCCCAGAUCGACGCAAAGCAGGCGCUCUUUUGGCCGGGCUUUCUCUCCGCAGCCUGGAUGGCAGGCCUGGUCCUCGCCUUUGCCUGCCAGCUUGAACAGUACGUCUGGUCAAAGGGGUCUGUCGAAAUAACCGACUGCCUCACCUUCCUCCGAGUCAUGUCUGCGGACUGGGACACGGCGAAACACUGCCAUCGAGCGCUGAGUCUCCUCGCCGAGAACAUCCGGCAGUCGUUUACUUCUGCACAACCUCCUCGAAUCUCGACCUCGAACCCGAACAUCAAUCCCUCCUCACGCGAGGAACCCGCAAUCGCAAACCCACCCAAGAGACGGAAACUCUCCUCCUAUGAUCCCUCGGGUCCUCUCCCGAGCGCCAGUGCCAGUGCAGAGUCGAUACCCGGCCAAGGUAUAGGUUCGCUAAAUGCACCCGAGUCGGGAGAUGUGCCACUUGAGCUCAAUACGAUGGUUCCGACUACCGAGACGGAUUACCUCGGCCAAUCGGAUUUUGACCUUAACAUGGCGGAUCUGCUUCAGGGAGCGAACUUUGACUAUCUACUUGAUAUGUUCGGGCAGCAGUAUCCAAGUUUUUGAAAUCUACAUAUCGUCUGGUUUGUUUCUUGUGCUCAGACUUUUCAGACGAUAUGACUUGGACUGUAGAUAC